CGUGCGGCUUGGCAAAAACGCGGUCAGACCCGAAAACGUGACCUCCCCUACGUGGCAGAGUCAAAAAACCUUCGGAGGACCCUUUAACGUUAGUUAACGGCAUUCCAAAGCCUGAACGAGGCUUUGUUCAUCAACAUCAAUCUCAAAAUGCCUCCCCAGAUCCUCCUCUCUUGACAACGAAACAAUGUUCGACCGCUUAUUCGAUGUCCCUCGAAAUGGCUAUCCUCCACUUUCUCAACGCAGAGAAGACCCCCUCCCUUCACCCCCUGACAUCAAGUACUACUUUCCCUAACCCCGCUGACAACAUCUCAGUCCCCUGAAACUCUUCGAUAUCGCGAAGUCUCAAGGUAGACCACUAUAUGCUGCAGCGCCGAUGGUGAGGUAUAGCAAGCUUGCAUUUCGAGAGACCGUUGCGCAGUAUGGUGUUGAUUUGACUUGGACGCCGAUGAUUCUAGCCAAAGAAUUCAACCGCAGUCUCGCAGCACGUGACAGUGAUUUCACACUCUCACCCAACUCCCCUCCAACAAUCGUUCAACUCGGUGUUAACAGUCCCCUCGAAAUCUCCCGCACCACGCUUCUCCUCUCGCCCUACGUAAACGGCAUCGACAUCAACUGCGGCUGUCCCCAAUCCUGGGCGUGCGCUGAAACCCUCGGCGCAGCACUAAUGCACAAAAGAGAUCUCGUUGCCUCGCUCGUCACCUCUGCCAAACAAGCGCUCCACUCAUUAAAUCACCACAACAAAACGGUGUCUGUGAAGAUCAGGAUUCACAAAGAUCUUCGAGAAACGGUGGAUUUUGUCCGCACGGUGCAGGAGGCAGGUGUGGAUUUUAUCACGAUUCAUGGACGGAUGAGGAGUACUCCCAGCUCACAACCUGUCAAUCUUGAAGCAAUCAAACUGGUAGCUGAGCAUUGUUCCGUCCCAACUAUCUGCAACGGAGAUGUGUUCUCGUUGGAGGACGUGGAAAGGCAUGUUCAGGCAACGAAGGUUGAUGGUGUUAUGGCUGCUCGGGGCUUACUCCAAAAUCCAGGGCUGUUCAAGGGAGGAGACGGCUGCAGUUGGGAUGUUGUGGAGAGAUUCAUGAGCGAGGCUGUAAAGAAGCCCAUUCCUUUUAAGCUUGUGGUGCAUCAUCUGAGCGAGAUGGUCGGGAGUGAUAGGACGCAGUGUGGGAGCACGCUACUAACGAAGGAGCGGAGGAAGGAAAUGAUGGCUUGUGAUAACAUGGUCAGGCUGAUAGACUUCCUUGACGAGGUGAGGGAGAUUAGACGGUUAUGAAACAGAUUGAGAAAUGGUGCGAGCUCAGAGAUGAAAGUUCAGCGUAUAUGACUGAGUGAGGGGAACGUUUGAAGAAAUUGGGUUAGGGAGAAUGGGUUUGGAACCGCUUCAACUAGAUUUGUGACAGGUAGUUCGAAGUCGCCCUUCAAGUCAAGCGAAUUUGUCAAUCGCCAUGCAGAAUAGACUAAGCCAGCGUCGAUCCCAGUGAUUCUUGCAAGUUCUUCCGCAAUUGAACAUUUGAAUAUGUUGACAGGAUUAACGGUCGAGAACGCAC